ACGGGGUGGGACUCAGGUCGCUGCCCGGAUGUGGACUUGAGCCCGCCGCUGCAGCGGAUCCCAGUGAAAGACGCCGGGAGGCUUUGCCGGCGGCAGUUGAGUUGAACCGCGCGGGACGACGAGCACUUUGCCGGAAAAAUUCACUUAAGCGCAUACAUAUAGGAUUGCACACAACUUCAGAGGCGGCUUUUAGGACCCACUGAGGCCUGUCUUUUAGCAUCCAUGGACUCCAAGGGAAGAAUGCAGACGAUCAAAUGUGUGGUUGUAGGAGAUGGGGCCGUGGGUAAGACCUGCCUCCUCAUCAGUUACACAACAAAGUCCUUUCCUGAGGAGUAUAUCCCCACUGUCUUUGACAACUAUAGCGCGCAGACAUCUGUGGAUGGCCAACUUGUCAGCCUGAACCUAUGGGACACGGCUGGUCAAGAAGAAUACGACCGACUGAGAACGCUCUCCUACCCCCAGACCAAUAUCUUCGUCAUCUGUUUUUCCAUCAGCAGCCCAUCCUCUUAUGACAAUGUGAGGCAUAAGUGGUACCCAGAGGUCACCCAUCAUUGCCCCAAUGUACCUGUUCUGCUGGUAGGCACCAAGAGUGACUUGCGAACUGACGAUGAGACAGUGAAGAAGCUGAAGGAACAGAGCCUAGUGCCCACAACUUUUCAGCAAGGCAUUAUCCUGGCCAAGCAGGUGGGGGCUGUGAAGUAUCUGGAAUGCUCUGCCCUGCUGCAGGAUGGAGUACAGGAGGUGUUUUUGGAAGCUAUCCGCGCUGUGCUUUACCCGGCCACAAAGAAGAGCACCAAGAAAUGUGUCCUCUUAUAGCUUUUGGGGUGGCACUUAGGGACUGCCUCCAUGGAGAAUAAGCAGGGGGAUUCCUUUGACAGGAUUUAAUAAUGCCAACAGAGCCAAUUGACUCUUCUGGAAACCCUGGGCUGUAGGUUGCUGGGCUUUUGGAGGAAUGAAGACAGACAGGCUAGUCCGUAUGUAUAUGGCUGCUUUGUGUUUUGGUUUGAACCUUUGGAAGGAAGUGUGUGUAUGUGUGUGAUCAAAACAGUAAGAGGAGACACCACAAAGCGCUGUUCCUUCCUGUCCUGGCCGGGCCGAAACUAAGCAGAGCAGCCUUUUACUGUUCUUUUGUAGACUUUUGCCUGUUCGCUUCCAAAUCGAAUUUCAGCUUUUCUGACUAGUUAAUAUUGAGCAAGUGCCUCACAGGAGGACAAGGCUUUCCAGUUGUUGAAUCAUUGCCUUAAACUUUCUAAUACACUAAUUUUUCUUGAAUCCACUAAUCUUUAAAAACCAGUUUAUGCGAGAUUCCUGGGCGUUCCCAGUGUUGACAUGUCCUCAUUCUUGAGCUAAGACGUUUUGGCAACACUGGUUAAGUAGAAUUUUCCAAAGUUCUGUGACAUGGGAAUAGAUAUUCCUUAGAAGGUUCUGUGAGCAAAUAAGCCAGGAACCAGCUAUUUAAAUAAAAGCUCAAGAGGUUCUUCUACUGUAGGAAUUUAUAAUUUUUAAUAAGCAUGCAACAUUCCGGAAGCUUUCACUUGGUCCUAUGCAAUAUCUAUUAACAUCUUUGGAAACACGGUUUCCAAAUCCUGGGUUGAUAGGAUGUAGGAAUUCCUGUGCAGGAGGCUAUGAAAAAAAAAAAAGCAUAAUGUGGCCUCCUUCGCGCCUUUGAAAGAAAUGGCAGUCACGGACUUUUACUGUCAUUCCUCUUGAGUUACUAUAAAGGCUACUGUGCUCUUUUCCUGUUCCUCCUCCAUACACCUUGGGGUGUGGGUGGGUGUGUUAGUUCUUUCGUUCGUUCAUUCGUUCAUUCAGCCGUGUGUGCCUUUUGAGGUCUUUUAGUUGCUCCAAAAGAGUUGGAGUUUGUUGGAUCUCCAGGCGGUAGGCUGGAGUUGCUCAGCCUGCCCUGGGGCAGUGUGAGUCAGAUUCUUCAUCCCAGUAGGCCUCCUUCUCCAUAGUUGUUAGAUUCCUGACCUUUAUUUGAUAUGGAAGAAAAACUUCCCCACCUGGCAGAUAGCAGUUGACAGCUCCCCUAUGUCCAUGUCCAUACCUUCUCAUCCUGCCAAAAUAGCAUUGGAUUUUUGAGCCUUUGGCAGGUAAAAGGAUGGCAUACCGCACUGCCUCCCCCUGUGGUGGGUGAAGUGUCUGUGCUUUGCUCCAUGACAGUCUUGCUGUGGCUCUUUGACUAGAUGUGAGCAGACUUGCCUCAGGCUAACUGAACCUCCUGAAUAGGGUUGCCAGAAAAAACACAGCAAUGUUUUACAUGACACAAGGAGACUAGACUGGGCAGUGAGCACACAGUGGAGUAUGCAGAUGUUGUGCGCCUGAAACUUGCAUGUUAUUAACCAAUAUUACUCCAAUAGAUUUAAUUAAAAUUAAAGACAAAGUUUUUUUUUUUCACAAAUAACUUUUUAGUACAAGCAAUGUACCACGUAAUAUUUGGGACAUACACGAAAACAUUAUUUGCUGUUCAUCUGAAAUUCAAAUGUAAUGCAAGCAUCCUGUGUUUUUACUUGGCUUAACCUGGCAAUCCUCCUCUUGGAGAAUCUGGAACCUGGAGGUCAAGGAGAAAUCAAGUAUUGAUAGAAGAUAAAAAGUUUAUGUUAACUCUAUCUUACUACUUGUCUUCUGGUUUCCCCUUUCCCUCACCUGGGACUACGUACGCUGUUCAGUUUUCCCUUCAUCAUUGUUCCCUCCAUUUCAUACACUACUUCAUUGGCAUUUAUUUCUACACCAGUUGUCUAAAGCUGUGACGGAUUUAGGGAGGAUAGUAUUUGUCUGGCGUGUGCCUUCUAUCUCAAUUUCAGGGUACUGUAUUUAUUUCCCACUGUGUGCUCCAGGGCUUCCUGUGGUGGUGGUGGUGGUGGUAGUGGGGUGGUGGGGAUUCUUUCUAAGCAGGGUGUCCACUGGAAAAGAGUGAGGGUGGCCCUUCUCAAUGAAGGCCCAGGAGUGCUUUGGAAAGUGAGGUUGCUGUACAGUGAAGCACAGUGAAAGUGAGGUUGCUGUACGGAGAAGUCCGGUGACUGUAGGGGUCAACUCGCCUGUGUGCAUGAGGUGUCCUUUGCCCUUGUGUAGAGUCCUUGAGUUUUCCCAGAGACAGUCAAAUGAAAGUCCUUAUUGCUCAAGCAUAUUACAGCCUCAGGGUGUUCUGAUUGCUGCUGGGUGGCACACAGGGCUUCAUGGUCGAAGGGUUAGAAACACCUAUGUCUCUAGGAGCUUUCUGUUUAGCUACUGAAGUGUUUUCAAUUGGCCUUUAGCCCUAGCUGGGUUGAGAGCUGGCCUGUGAAUCAAAGGGUUGCCAGUUUGAUUCCCAGUCAGGGUACAUGCCUGGGUGGUGGGCCAGGUCCCUGGUUGGGGGGUGUGCGAGAGGCAAUCUAUUGAU